UACAGCUGCCAUUCCAGCUGUGGCACGCAGGGGCUUGUGGGUGGAUGCCACGUGUGUUUUAUUCGUUGUCCUGAAAACUAAAAUGUUGCUUCCUUUGCAGUGGCUCUGCAGUGAGCGUGAGGAAUCGGAUAAAUCCCUCUGACUCAGGGAAAGGAGGAGGCAAAGAAAUAACUGUUUUCAAAGACCUCUAACCGCCCACCUUGCAACGUUGCUGGCGUGGGGUGUGCUGACUGCUGACUGCGGCUUCUUUUUCAAGUGUUUUUGAGAGAUUUGAAUGGCUCAGAUGUUGAACAGUGAUGUUUCUGACCAUGGGCUAAAUGUGGAAGCCAUAAUUAAAAAUAUUAAUACAAUUUCUUUGGAGUUGAAGAAGAUGAAAGAGCACUCCCAGUUACUGCUUUGUGACCUUACUCUACAUUUUAAUCACCCUGUGAAGACGGAUGACUUCAAGGAAACAGAAAGAAGCAAGCCCCUCUUUGAAGAGUUUAAACUAUCAGAUGUAUCCCUUGCUUCUAGCCGUUUUUCUUCCUAAUUUCUUACUUAUCUGUUGUGAAUUUAUAACUGUAUGUAGUGUUGAAUUAACAAGUAUCUUGGAGA